UUGACAGUAUUAUGGUCUCGUGGUCCGUGUUCAUUCAAUGCCACCUUGUUACACAGUUCACAGUGUGUAUUCAUCCGUGUAGUGUGUGUGUUUGUGUGUGUGUGAUGUGGAUGAGCUGCUUCCUCAGGUGACAGAGAUGUUUUGGAGUGCUGCAGGUCCUCUCCGCUCCUUCAGUCCCAGGCUUUUCUCCACACUCCGCUGUCCUCUGCACACUUGUCGGUGCUUCUCCACUUCCACUGGUGUCAGAUCCGUGACAGAGCCGGAGUCCAAGCCUCCUCUGAGGCAGUGGGCCCUGGCUGUGAGCCCCUUCAGCUCGGUGCGGGCUCAUCUGGGCUGCAGUAUCUCCGUCCGCCCUCUGGACCUGCAUGCCUUCCCUGAGGCCGACCGAGCCUUCGUCACAGUCCACGGAACCGGCUCCGAUCAGGACCUGGAGCUCUGCGUGGAUCAAUGCCACGUCCUGUAUGAUGAGCAGAGCAGAGAGCUGCGGAUCUCAGCUGACAGAGUCCACAGUGGGGUGGCCAUAGAUCUGAGAGCACCCAUCAAAAGUAAUCUGUUUAUUACCACUCAGGGAGAAGGUAACGUGCACGUGCAGAAGAUGGAGUGUGAUAUUUGCAAAGUGCAGACAGAGAAGGGAAGCUGCACCCUGCACUCUGUCAAGGGACACCAGGUUCAGGUGCAGACUAAAGGAGGGCAGGUCACAGGUUUGGGCACCAUCCAUGGCAAUGUGGACAUCAUCACAAGUGGAGACAGUGUAGUGGAUGUGAAGAAGCUCCAGGGAACCAAAAUGAAUGUUUCAACAGAACACGGCUCUUUGAAGGUUAAAGCUAUCUAUGCUGAGAGCAGCUGCGUUUCCUCCUGCUCUGGGAGAGUAGAACUGGGCCAUGUACAUGGUAACGCCACUGUAAAGAACGUCUCUGGAGAUACAGUCAUAGAUGGUUCUAAUCGUUUCCUGAAGGUCUCCUCUCACAGCGGAGACAUAGAUAUCUACGUGGGAGAUAGUGGCACUGCUGAAGUCUUAAGUGAGGAAGGGGCUGUGUGUGUGCGUGUGCCCUCAUCUUUAAGAGCAGGGGUGGAGCUCUGCGGAGCGUCGGUGGACGUCAGCCCGGAGGUUGUUCUGCACGGAGCGGAGAACAACACAGAUGAAGGCCAAACCACAGUUACUGGCUUUAUAAAUGGAGAGCCUCACCAUGACCAGUGGGUCAAAGCUCGGGCAAACAGAGGCUCUGUCAGACUGAAGACACAAAGCUGGUUCGAGUCCCUGAAGCUGGGAGGCUGAGUUCUAAACGACAAGAUGACCACAGAUGUAUGUUGUAUUUCUGCACUGAGUUUUGUUCAUAUAUUCAAGCAAAGAGAGAAAAAAAAAAACACUGCAAGAUGUCUAAAAUCCGGUGCCAUUUACAGUAUUAAAUCCUCUGUAUGUGCUAAAAUUACUAUACAUACAUUAAUUCUGGCAAGUGUACUGUGUAAGUGCCCAACAAUCGAUGACAGUAAUUAUAAAAACCAUUAAGCUUAAUUAAA